AACUUUCUUUACCGUACCGUAUUAUGUAGUAUUUCGAAAGGCGGAACUGUGAUUCUGCGAACAAACAACUCGCCAUCUUCGCGACGAUUUCACCUGGAUGCUAAAUGCAGAUCUCCCGAAGCUGGCAGUCUUACAGCCCGUCAGUGAGCGGAAAUCAACUGACAAUCACAAUUCCUAUCUGCAGGUCAACACAACUGCUGCAUCUGGUGCUCAUUUCACCCCGAGCGCAGUGUGCUUCGAGAGACUGUCCGAGCUACAACAACAAGCGCGCAGAGGAUCAAAUCUAGAUUUAGAAUGCAUCCCUAUCGGGGCCGGAGCGGGCCGUCCAAAACCACACCAACGAAUGUACAAUGCCAGAAAUGCCUGAAACGAGAUAUGUGUUCCUUCACUCGUGGUACGUGUUCCUCGCUGACUAUCGCAGAACGUCACUACUCGUAUGAGUGCAAGGCAACACCACAGGAACGGCCUUAUGCUGCCAGGCCGUCUCGCACACAGCAGCUAUUCAAUCCCAAACUCCUUCCCAAACUGUCAAGCGAGACACCAAAUGUGUUACAGGAAAAGAAAGGGAUAGCCGAUGAGGAGCUGGCUAAACGGGAGGCCGAGAGGGCACGGAAACGGCAGCGCGAGGCGGAUGAAGAAGCUGCUUCGUCGGAUUCCCCGCCGCCCAGGCGGAAUAGGUCUCCGUCUUACGAUUCGGUCUCCAGUAUCUCUACUACUCGAUCCCCAUCCCCAGCGCCAAGACGGAGCGCGAGUCCGCCGCGGAGAGAGAGACGGCGACAUUCUCGGAGUCCUUCACCUCGGGGUUCCCAUGGUCGUCGCUACUCUCGAGAUCUCUCAACGAGUCCAGAUCGCGGCUAUCAGGGUCGGUCCUCCCACCCGCUGCGCUCUGCUUCGCCACGCCGAUCCCCGUCCCCUCCACGGCGAUAUGAGCGCAGCAGCCACGGUCCUAGGCGUCAUGACUCUCCCGAGGCCGAUGUUCGUGUGAGGGACUCCUCUGUGAGGCGUGCUCGCUCCAGAUCGAGAUCUCCGGUGAGACGAGAGGAUAGGGAAGACAGACGCGGAGAAGGGCGAUAUCGGGAUAGGGACGAGCACGGGUAUGGAAGCCCACCGCCACCGCCGCGACAGCCGUCUCCUCCAAGAGAGAGAAGCCUGAGCCCCUUCAGCAAGAGGUUAGCACUCACGCAAGCCAUGAACAGGGGAGGACGGUAGAGAGGAAACCGGGUAUCAAUUACAUACUCUUCUAGGAACCCAUGUAGUUAGCAGACCAUCGGGCAACAACAACGUAAACCAGACAAACCGGCAACCAAACCCGUGACAAGCAAUACCCAUAACAAUUGUCUACCACAGUAGCCCAAAGCCACUCAUCAAGCUAUCCCAAACUCCUCCGCCUCCGCCUCCCUCUCCCUUCGAGCAUCCUCCUCCUCUUCCCGUUCUCGUAAUCGCAUCCCCUCCACGAUCGCCGCCCCAUCCAGCAUCCCCUCGGCUGCAGCAUCCCCCUCACCUUCC